CCACGUGGAGUAACAGUGUAUGACAAAUCAAGUGUAUGUGUGUGAUCAUGAUAACCAUCGCAUUCAGGUGUUUGACCCCGACUUGAACUUUGUCCGAUCAAUUGGCUCAUGUGGCAAAGGAAGAGGUGAAUUCAAUGCACCACUUGAUGUCAAAUUUGACACUGCCGGGAACAUGUAUGUAGCUGAGUAUUUUAAUGGAAGAAUGCAAGUAAUGGACACCAGUGGCCAAUUCAUACGAGUAUUUGGUCAGGAAGGAGAGAGAAAACAGCGUGAGCCAUCAGGUCUUCAUAUUACUGACAAGUUCUCUUCAGGAGCAGGAGAGAAAACAGAAGUUGAGGCUGGAGCUUCCUCCGCUACAGCAACGGGAACCGUAUCUCUAGUAGAAUAAGCAUGCACUGAUCUCAUACACACACGUAGA